UGUGGCACAUGCAACAUUGUGUUAAAUGUGACUUUAGUGACCGGUGCAAUACAAACCACAGCUCUUGUGUUUUUCAUAGAAGCCAAAAUGAGGACACUUGCUUUGCUUUCUAUAGUUCUGGCAGUUGUUUUGGGAUUGCCAUUUGAGAAAAAAGAGGCACAGGAACCUCUUCCAAAAGCAAACCAGCGCCCUCUGGUGGGUGAUCAUGUGCCAGUGCAGGGCCAUGUGGUGGUGGAAAACCCUGCCCCACAGCUUCCACCAAGCAAAGUACUCCAAGUGUCUGACUCACAUCCAGAGAAAAAGGGACAAGACCAGAACGAGUAUGCAGAAGUCCAGAUUGAAUCUGUCGAGAAACCACUAAUUAAAACAGAUUUAAUUGGAGACAACAGCGAAACAGAACCAGAGAAAAAUGAUACACCAGUUGAAGAAGUCAGUUUAGAGUCUGGUUUUAGUGGAUCUUCAGAUAAGGAGAGUGUGAGGGACAGUCUGGAAGGAGAGAUUGUUGAGACUGUGGUCGAACAAGAUGAAGAUAAACCCAACCAAGAGUUGAAUGAAGAGGCAAAAUAUGACUUUGAGCAGCCAAUUAUGGAGCUGGAGCCGAUGAGUGAUGAGGAAAUGCAAGAGGACGAGCUAUUACAACCUUAUAAUAUGGACAAUGGUGUGUAUGAAGAACCGUCAAUGUUCUUGGAGCCUGAAGACACUGGUGAUCAGUUUAUGGAAGAGCAAAAUGUACCACAAGCUGUAGCCAUGGAAGACGAAGGCCCAAUGUUGAAUGCACUGGGAGAGCCUUUCUCCAAUGAAGAGGAAAUUAUGAGUCUGGAGAACGUGGAAGAGUCAGAAAUGCUGCCCCCUGUGGACCAAGAUGUGAAUGAGCGGUGCUAUUGCUCUGGUGUUGUGCUUGAAGGGAAGUGUUACCAGUUUUUCACAAGUCCUAGAAAAGCAGCAGACGCAGAGUAUUUUUGUCAAGACAAUUUCUCUGGUGGCCACUUAGCUGCUAUCACAAACUCAAAUAUCCACAAUGAGAUGAUGAACCUGAUGAGGCAAAAUGGAGGCACUCGGAGGACCUGGGUUGGAGGGAUUCGCUUCCUGGAUACUGGGCGUUUUGUGUGGUUGGAUGGGUCUCGCUGGGUCUUUGCUGAUUGGCUGUCGGGUGAGCCAAACAAUACAGCUGAUUUAGAGGACUGCAUUGAAGUGCUGGCAUCAGGAGAGUUCAAUGAUUUCACAUGUUGGGAACCCCAGGCCUUUAUCUGCUCUUUCCCUGUACACUGCUAAAUGUGUAUAGGCUGCCAUAAAUAUAUUUGUAGAUUAGUCCACAGUUGUUUGCAGUGGUGGAAGAAGUACUUAACUAAAAGUAUUAAAGUGUCUGUUUAAAAAUGUACAUAAUGAGUAAAAAUUCAAAGUAUUUCAUGCAGUUUUUUUUAGAUCUAUAAAGUUUAAAAUGUUGUGAUUUUAAUAAAGAUUUG